CAUUAUGUGACUUUGCAGAGUCAACAUGCCGAAUGCCUUAUGCGGUCUUGGUCCGUGCCUGGCAGUAGCACUACUGCUUCGUUAUAAUCAGUGCAACAUUUCUGAGUGGGAAGUAGGAAAUGAGGUGUUGUGAUUAUUGUAUACCAUCACUACAUACUGGUACACUGGUCACAUCUUCUCUGGUUUUAUGCCUGGCUCUCUUAACUGCUAUUCCAAUGAUUCUGCGCCUUGUGAAGAAAAUUCCAGGAGACAGUGGUAAAGUGGCGGUUUGUUUCCACGUAAACUGGUUUUUCCUUCCUGUCUUCAUGUCCACUGCUUUCCUAUUCUGGGGUGCAGUUGAAGGUUUUUCCGUAGCAGUUAUUCUUUCUAUGUUUGUCCAUUUGUUGCCAAUUCCUUAUGUCCUGCAUUUUGAUAACUGUCUUUUCGAUCAUCAUGUGGACUAUCACAUUCUUGGAUUUCUCUGUGGAACAAACAUCCUCUCCCAGAUUAAUUCAAUCAUUCUGAUUGUGUCAGUGGUUGUCCAAGCUGGGCAAUCCUGCAUUGUUGUGACUCACCUGGUUCCCAGUGCUGUAAUGACCAUUUUAAUAGUCCUUCUUCUGUUGUUUGCAUCAGUAGCUCCUGCAAAAAAUUGCCGAAUCAAAAACUGGAAGAAACAGAAGAAAUCACAGGCUUAUUUACAGCAAUGGUACAAUACCUUUAGAAAACUACAGAUGGAGGCCACUAGAUGGAUGAGGGAGUCUAACCUGCAGAAGAAAGGUCAACUGAGGAGGGCUGCUGGACCAAUGAGAUUGGCUGAACAGAUCAGGCUGGUUGAACCAAUGAGAGCAACUGAAUGUCAACAAAGUCUUCAACUAGUAAAUGCACCUGCAAUAAGAAGGGAAAACCAAAUGUACUGGCGUGAGGAUUAUGAACGAAUUAAACAAAAACCUGAACUCAUGACAAGGGAAGAGAUGAUGAAGCACUUUGAAGAUCAUCACAGACAAGAGUGCAAACAUCAGCCAUUGAGAAUAAAACUACAUCCUCCGGUAGUGAGAAGAGACAGCCCGAAGGAUGCAUCUCAUGUUGUGUGAGAAGAGUUGAUUAAAAUAAAUGAUGUUAAA